AUGACGGCAGCGACCAAUUUGAAAAAAUCGUGAUGUGAUUUUUUUUUUGCUCGUAGCGACAGUCAAGUUUUUGCUUUGACAGCGAACGGACACGGGCACGGUUUUUUGGGAGUAGGUGUGAAUUGUAAAAUCUCGCUGUGAGUGUGUAUGCUUGUAAAAAAAAGUUACAGCAACAAGAAAUUGUGUAAAUGAAAACAUUCUAAAAGAGUAACACAAAUUCACUACAAACGUCCGUACAUGCAGCUAUUUAGCAUGCAAUAUCGCACGUGUUUUCGCAAAUAACAAAAUAGUUGGAAAAAAUUCAAAAUUGAUUCCUGAUUUUUUCGGUUAACCAGUGCCAAUAAGCGCGGCCAUUUUUUCUUAGCGUAAUUUUUUGUGAGCAGUACUUGUUUGUGUGUGCGCACUUUUUCGUAUUUCCUACGACGGUGUGCCGAAAACAAAGAAUGAAUGUAGAAGAAAACUAGAGAAAAAAAUUGAAUUGAAGGAGGAGCGGUGAAAAAACUACAACAAUAAAUAAAAAAUAGUGUCGGUUGUGUUUUCCUUUCGACCGUCGCAUGUGUUUGUGCAUUUGUGUGUGUCUGACCGUAGUUGUUGAAUGCACCAAAAGUGAAGAGGAGUAGUUAGAGAAGUUAACACAUAAAACAAUUAAAGUGCUUAUACGCAAGUGUUGCAAAUGCUACGCGAAAACAACGCAUACUAAAUACAAAACAAAAGCAAUAAAAACAACAGUACAACUAACGUCAGUUGCGCGCAAGUAUUUUAAAACGCAGAAAAAAACGAAAUCGCGUAAACUUAAGCUACUCUAAAAACGUAUUAAUAUUGUUGUUGUUGUGUACAAUCGUUCGUAUAACAAAAAUAUUGUAAAUACAUUACAAUUGUGCAUCAAACAUAGUAACUGGCGAUAUAAUAUUUAAAGUAAAUAAAGCAUUGCGCGCCAACACGUGCUAAGAGCGGUAUCCAAUUGUGCUUCUCAAAUCAAACGCUAUAUGCUAUUGGAUCAUUUAAAAUCAAAUUAAUGCAGUAAAUAUUGUGCUGACACCGGCGGUUAGCAAAUUGACGAAAUUAAUUGGCUGGCGCCAUCCAACGAUCAAUACAUCAGCGAAAAGAAAUUUAUUGCAGUUUUUUACCAAUCACACUUCACACAACACUCGCUCCAAAUAAUCGCUUCAAGUGACGGCUGCGUAACGCAUACAAAAUUCUACUACAACAAUACUACAGCGGUGUGCAACAUAACGCCGCGGUUAAAGAAAUGGCUGAAUUACCCGCACCCCCAAGUGAUUACCUACAUCGUUCGAUCGAUCAGCUGCGCUCGAUGAAUGAACGCAAUGUCCUCUCGUCACUGAGUCAUCACCUGACGCCGAUGGAAUUGCGCAAUGCCGCACAGUUGGCAGCGCAUGAAUAUAAGCCGUUCAAUAUUAAUGAAUUUCGUCAGAAUGUUGAACGUUUAGAUUAUUCAUUGAAGAAUGGUCUUAUACAACAACAACAGCAGUUGCUUGCUGAUCAUCAGCAGCAACAGCAACAACUUCAACAACAGCAACAAGCGCAUGAACAGCAGCAGCAGCAGCAACAACAGCAUCAUCAGCAACAACAACAGCAGGCUCAACAGGCGGCUCAUCAACAGCAGCAACACCAGCAGCAGCAGCAACAACAACAACAAUUGCAGCUCAAACAAUCAUAUAGUCCGCCAAAUUCACCAGCCACGCCCACUAUGACCGAACAACCAGAACAGAAGUAUGAUCCACAUGCUGCUGCUGUCGAGCAACAACAGCAACAACACACAGUCAAUCAGAAGCAACAACGCAACCAACAAGGUUCCCCUGAAGGCCGUGACGCCAAGCCCUACAAAUGUACGCAAUGCACAAAAACCUUCGCCAAUUCCUCAUACCUCUCGCAACACACCCGCAUCCAUCUGGGCAUUAAGCCGUAUCGUUGCGAGAUUUGCCAACGCAAAUUCACACAGCUGUCGCACCUGCAACAACACAUUCGCACACAUACCGGGGAUAAACCGUACAAGUGCCGCCAUGCCGGCUGCCCCAAAGCCUUCUCACAGCUCUCCAAUCUGCAAUCGCACUCACGCUGCCACCAAACGGACAAACCGUUUAAAUGCAACUCCUGCUACAAAUGCUUCACCGACGAAUUAACACUGCUCGAGCACAUACCCAAGCACAAGGACUCGAAGCACUUGAAGACGCACAUCUGCAACCUGUGUGGCAAGUCGUACACACAGGAGACCUAUCUGCAGAAGCAUUUGCAAAAACACGCCGAAAAGGCGGAGAAGCAACAGCAGCGGCAAGCCAGCUCCACAACCAAUACGCAACACCAUGUGCCUGCCGGCGGUAUCGGCCUCAAUUUGCAGCGACAGGUGGUAAUGAAUGCUGCCGCGGCGGCUGCAACUAGCGAUCCCAAUUCGUAUUGGGCGAAAGUGGGCGCUGAUAGUGCAGUGAAUGCUGCCACGCUCGCUGAAGCUAUACAACAGCAACAACAGCAAGCUGCCGCCGCAGCAGCAGCAGCCGCAGCAGCUGCGCAACAACAGCAACAACAUGCACAGAAUGGCUAUAACUUCGCGGCGCUCCAACAACACCAACAACAGCAGCAACAGGAGCUGUUGCAACACCAUCAGCGGCUGGUGAACGGUGGAGCGGGCAGUGGUGGCGAUAGCGCUGGCAGCGGCAACACACCCAAUCACUCACACUCGCCCAACGAUGAGGGUGAGGACUUGGUGAUGCGUCAAACGCCACAACAUCAUCUCCAACAACAGCAGCAGCAACAGCAACAACAUCAGCAUCAACAAUCACACUCACCCAAUCCACUUUUGAUAGGCAAUGCUGCAGCAGCAGCAGCGGCGGCGGCGGCCGCAGCCAACUACGACGUGAAAACAACCAGCGCCUUUACACCGAUCAACACGGCGCCACCACAUUUGAAUGCACUCGCUGCACAACAACGGCCACCCGCCGCCGCAGCUUACCUGUAUCAGCAGAACGCCGCCGCAGCCGCCGGCUUCCCAACACAACUCAUCUCACUGCAUCAGAUACGCAACUACGCGCAUCAGCCCAGUGCAGCGGCGGCAGCGGGGCUAUUGGCCAGCGAUCACCUGCUCGGCUUGACUGGCGUGACCGCGGGCGGUGCCGGCAAGGAUAAGGGUCAAUAGUACGCCGCACUUCACAGCGGUGACGGAAACAGUAAUGGCAGGCAUGGUAAUAAGUUCAAAAAGUCGAAGAAACGGGAACAUGAGCGUGCACGUGAUCGCAGUUGAGUUUACUGAGGAGCCCGGCAAAGAAGGCAGGGGGUUAGUUACCAAUCGGCAGGAGGGCGCGCAGCGUCCAUAUGAAUGUGUUGAUAAAGCGAGAUCGUACUGCGCACACUUGGGACGACAGUACUACAACUACAAUAACAACAUGAAAUACACAAUAACAAACAACACAACAAACUCAGGUUUUAAAUAUAAUUUGCGGAAAAGUGCUGAAGCGCGAAGGAAUGGCGAAUGGAAAAUGUAAAAUUAGGUAGAACCCGUUGGAAAAUAACAUUUUGCGUAGAUUUAUAAACAGAAAUUUACUUUACUGGUGUCUUUGCUUAGCGCAUUUAUCAAAGCUACUUGCUCUCCACUUUACUAUGUAUACAUAUAUAAAACCGUCUACAAGUGCAAAUAUACA